UGUCAACUCCCAGAGAAAAUAUCUCACAGCCAAGAACAGCCAACCACAGAUUCUGCAAUUAUCCUUGCUUUCUCAUUUUUCAAAUUCUCUCUCCCUCUCUUUAUCUGUCUCAGUGCCAAGGUUCAGGUAAGGAUAUCCUAAUUUCAAUAAUACUGCAAUGUCUUGCUCUCUCACAAGCACUUCAACAAGCAUCACUCAUUCAAAGGACGCCUAGUGUUUCUGAUUUGUGAGGUUCACGCUUUUAUGUAAAUUCUUUUGUUUCUGAUACUCUCUCCAUGGAUGUGAUAAUACUCUCCUCUUCAAGUAGUUGUUGUAGUAAGUUCAAGUAUGGUUGUGCUGUAACUGGGACUAAACCCUCCGUUUUGAGCUGUAAUGAGUCGUUAGGGGGAAUCAAAAUUCGGAAUUUGAACGUUUUGCCAUCUGGGUGUAGGGUGAAUUGGAAGAAACACAGGAAAAAACAAGUGGGUGUUUGUGGGUUUGUGAUUAGAAGCUCAUUUGAUGUGGUGGUCGUGAAAAGGAAGCCGGAAAGUACUAUGUCUUCUGAGGAAGUUUAUAGGGUUUUAAAGUCGAUUUCAGACCCGAACCAGGCCUUUUCUUUCUUUAAUUCUGUGGCGGAAAUGCCCAGAGUCAUUCACACCACAGAGACAUGCAAUUACGUGCUUGAAAUGUUGAGGGCUCAUAGGAGGGUGGAGGAUAUGGUGGCUGUGUUUAAUUUGAUGCAAAAGCAAAUCAUAAAGAGGAGUAUAAACACUUACUUGACUAUUUUUAAGGUUCUUUAUAUAAGGGGAGGGCUUCGGGAAGCCCCAGUUGCGCUUGAAAAGAUGAGAAAAGUGGGGUUUGUUUUGAACGGGUAUUCGUAUAUUGGGUUGAUCCAUUUGCUUCUUAAAUCUGGUUUUUGUAGGGAGGCUUUGAAGGUGUAUAGAAGAAUGGUGUCUGAAGGGAUUAAGCCCAGUCUCAAGACUUACUCUGCACUUAUGGUAGCACUGGGGAAGAGAAGGGAUAUUGAAACUGUAAUGGGUUUGUUACAAGAGAUGGAAAGCUUGGGAUUGAGGCCUAAUAUUUACACAUUUACCAUAUGCAUUAGAAUAUUGGGGAGGGCAGGAAAAAUUGAUGAGGCUUAUGGGAUUUUGAAAAGGAUGGAUGAUGCAGGAUGUGGUCCUGAUGUUGUUACUUAUACAGUUCUCAUUGAUGCUCUUUGUAAUGCUGGGAAGCUUAAUAAUGCAAAGGAAUUGUUUCUAAAGAUGAAAGCAAGCAGCCAUAAACCUGAUCGAGUAACUUACAUAACUUUAUUGGACAAGUUUAGUGACCAUGGAGACUUGGAUGCCAUAAAAGAAUUUUGGAGUGAAAUGGAAGCUGAUGGUUAUCUUCCUGAUGUGGUUACCUUCACCAUACUUAUUGAUGCUUUAUGUAAAGUGGGGAAAGUCGAUGAAGCAUUUGGUACAUUAGAUGUCAUGAAAAAGCAAGGGGUGGCACCAAAUCUUCAUACUUACAAUACUUUGAUUUGUGGGCUUUUGAGACUAAAUAGAUUAGAUGAUGCAUUAGGACUUUUCAACAGUAUGGAAUCUCUUGGUCUUGAAACCACUGCUUACACUUACAUCCUUUUCAUUGACUACUAUGGAAAGUCAGGAGAAUUCGGCAAAGCUAUCAAGACAUUUGAGAAGAUGAAAACUAAUGGAAUUGUUCCUAAUAUUGUUGCUUGUAAUGCAUCUUUAUAUAGUCUUGCAGAACAAGGGAGGCUUGAAGAGGCAAAAGAGUUCUUUAAUGGACUUAAAAAAUGUGGGCUUGCUCCAGAUGCUAUAACCUAUAAUAUUAUGAUGAGAUGCUAUGGUAAGGCUGGGAGAGUUGAUGAUGCCAUUAAUUUGCUCUCGGAGAUGGAGGAAAAUGGGUGUGAUCCUGAAGUUGUCAUUAUCAAUUCUCUGAUUGACACACUUUACAAGGCCGAUCGGGUAGAUGAGGCAUGGAAAAUGUUUCAAAGAAUGAAGGAAAUGAAGCUUGCCCCUACAGUUGUGACUUACAAUACGUUACUAGCUGGUUUGGGAAAAGAGGGAAGAGUCCAAAAGGCCACUGCGCUAUUCAGGGGUAUGAUUGCAGAUGAUUGUCCUCCAAAUACAAUAUCUUUCAACACACUUCUAGACUGCCUUUGCAAGAAUGGUGAGGUUGAUUUGGCCUUGAAGAUGCUAUUUAGAAUGACGGAAAUGAAUUGUUUUCCAGAUGUUUUAACAUACAACACCGUCAUUUAUGGCUUGAUUAAAGAAAACAGAGUUAAUUAUGCAUUCUGGUUAUUCCAUCAAAUGAAGAAAGUGAUUUAUCCUGAUUAUGUAACUUUGUGCACCCUCCUUCCUGGUGUCAUAAAAGAUGGGCGAAUUGAGGAUGCUUUUAGGGUUGCCAAGGAAUUUGUUCAUCAUGUUGGAGAUCGUGCAGAUGGGUCUUUUUGGGAAGAUUUAAUGGGAGGGAUUUUGAUAGAAGCUGAAAUAGGCCAGUCUAUAUUAUUUGCUGAAAGUUUGGUAUGUAAUGGGAUUUGUGAGGAUGACUCAGUAUUGAUACCAUUAAUUAAGUUUUUGUGCAAACAUGGGAAAGCUGGUGAUGCCUACAAUGUGUUCCUGAAACUUACCAAAAGUUUUUGUAUUACACCAUCGCUAGAAGCAUAUAAUUCUCUAAUUGAUGGGCUCCUCAAAGCCCGGCUCACUGAAAUGGCUUGGGGUCUUUUUUAUAAGAUGAAGAAUGCUGGCUGUACACCUGAUGUUUUCACCUACAACCUGUUCCUUGAUACCCUUGGGAAGUCUGGAAAGAUCAAAGAACUUUUUGAUUUGUAUGAAGAGAUGCUCUUUAGGGGCUGCAAACCUAACAGAAUAACUCAUAACAUAGUCAUCUUCGGUCUUGUGAAAUCUAAUAGCUUAGAUAAGGCUAUAGAUUUAUACUAUGACCUUAUGAGUGGAGAUUUCUCCCCAACUCCUUGGACAUAUGGCCCUCUUAUUGAUGGCCUUUUGAAGUCAGGAAGACUGGAGGAAGCGAAGCAGUUCUUUGAGGAGAUGCUGGAUUAUGGAUGCAUGCCUAACUGUCCGCUUUACAAUAUUCUUAUGAAUGGAUUUGGGAAACAGGGUGAUGUGGAAACUGCUUGUGAGUUGUUUAGAAGGAUGGUUAAAGAGGGAAUAAGACCAGAUUUGAAAUCCUACAGCAUUAUGGUGGAUUGCCUUUGCAUGGCGGGGAAAGUGGAUGAUGCUCUGCACUACUUCGAGGAACUAAAGCUUUCUGGCCUGGAUCCUGAUUUGGUUUGCUAUAACCUUAUGAUCAAUGGUCUUGGAAGAUCACGGAGGGUGGAGGAAGCUCUUUCUCUUUUUGAUGAGAUGCGGAAUAGAGGGAUUACUCCUGAUCUUUACACCUACAAUGCCUUAAUUCUCAAUCUUGGGAUUGCUGGAAUGGUAGAGGAAGCGGGAAAGAUGUAUGAGGAACUCCAACUUAAAGGCCUUGAACCUAAUGUGUUUACUUAUAAUGCUCUCAUUCGCGGGCAUAGCAUGUCAGGUAACCCUGACCGUGCAUAUGCAGUCUACAAGAAGAUGAUGGUUGGGGGCUGCAGACCCAAUACAGGAACAUUUGCGCAACUUCCUAAUCAAUCUUGACAUCUAAGAGAUGUGGUGGUCCACUCAUUUGUUGUGCUUGCUGAUCUAUAGGCUUGGGAUGUCCUAGGGAUGAUCCAGCCCCAUUUUUGUUGAUGAUUUUGGUCAUGGGGGCAUACAUACAAAUAUAAUUUUGUGGCAAUUGAUUUUACAUCUUCUAGCAGCGGAUGCUUCUGCAAGUUUGGUAGUUAACAUACCUGCCUCCAGCAGAUUCUGCAAUACUGGGCCAUAUAUUUAAGGUGCGAGCGACGUUUUCCAAAUUGUUAUCCAUGAGUACUGUGAAUACUGUUGUAAACUAUGGUUGUCUUGUUCUGUACGAAAACACAUUGAUUGGACUAUGUAAAUGACAUAUUUUGUCACAUCCUUGCUUUGCCUGUUUGGCGUAUCUUGUCAUUCAAUAAGACAGUUUAUUUUACUGUGUAUAUAUAUAUAUACUGUUUUUAUUCA